AUAUUUGACCGGAGUGUUGAUUUAGGCCUAUAUUCCAUAAUUUUCCUGAAUUUUUUUUGACGAUCAGAGGAGCCUCGCUUGCGCCAUAUUUUUCAUUGGUCUAUUUUAGAAAUAAUUGCUGCGGGGUGAGAAAAUAGCUUUCAUUGCCAGCUGAGUGUUACAUAACCGAGUGGCUUUAGCUGUCCAAGGUGCUGAACUGAACGGUCGGAACCUAUAACGGGACAAGCCGUGGGGAAUUCACAACCUUGCAAGGUCACAGGCCUAUCAGUCGGGGAAGAGGAAAGCACGGAAUCCCCUCACUGAACCACCGGGAAGCCGCUGGGCUUUAUUCGUAUAUUUAUUUUUUCUUUGCAUCGUCCCGUGGCGAGACACAUUUCCUGAGGUGGUUGAUUUUGCGGAGAGAAAAUGUCGGGGCAAACGCUCACGGAUCGCAUUGCCGCUGCGCAAUACCAGCUAACGGGAUCAGAUAUGGCUCGGGCUGUCUGCAAAGCCACCACUCAUGAAGUGAUGGCGCCCAAGAAAAAGCACCUGGACUACCUGGUGUCAGCCACCAAUACCACCAACGUGAACAUCCCUCAGAUGGCUGACACACUGUUUGAGCGAGCCACCAACGCCAGCUGGGUGGUCGUCUUCAAGGCCCUCGUCACCACUCAUCACAUGUGUGUCCACGGCAAUGAGAGGUUCAUUCAGUACUUGGCUUCCAGGACCUCCCUGUUCAACCUCAGCAAUUUUAUUGACAAAACCGGCUCUCACGGCUAUGACAUGUCUACGUUCAUCAGACGAUAUGGACGAUACCUGAAUGAGAAAGCUUUCGCCUACCGCCAGAUGGCUUUUGAUUUCACCAGAGUCAAGAAGGGUGCUGACGGCGUGAUGAGGACCAUGACCACUGAGAAGCUGUUGAAAGGCAUGCCUGUUCUGCAGACUCAGAUUGACACACUCUUGGAGUUCGAUGUUCAUCCUAAGGAGCUGAACAAUGGGAUCAUCAACGCUGCAUUUCUGCUUCUCUUCAAGGACCUGGUCAAACUGUUUGCAUCCUACAAUGACGGCAUCAUCAACCUGUUAGAGAAAUACUUCAAGAUGAAGAAGAGUGACUGUAAGGAGGCCCUGGAGAUCUACAAGAGGUUCCUGACCAGGGUGACGAAGAUUGGGGAAUUCAUGAAGCUGGCUGAGACUGUUGGAGUUGACAAAAACGACAUUCCUGACAUCAACUAUGCUCCCAGCAGUAUCCUGGAGUCUCUGGAAACACACAUGAACGGUCUGGAGGAUACAAAGGGCGGAAAGAAGGGUGAAGGGUCUCCAACAAAGGGAUCUCCGACAAACAACGUGUCUCCAACAUCAACUCCAGCCAAAUCUUCAAACGCUGUUCCCACACUGCAGCCUCCUCCUGGGGAGAGCGCUGCUGCAGCUGCUACUGCUCCUGAGCCCGCCGAAGACUCCUUGUUGGACCUGGAUCCACUGUCCUCCUCAGGUCCCUCAGCACCCUCAGCUGCCCCCACAUCUUGGGGAGACCUUCUUGGAUCAGAAAUGGGCGAUUCCUUGCUAUCUGAACCCACCCUCACAGCAGAGCCCGCCCCUUCCCCUGCAGCAGCAACGCCCACUCCUGCAGCGGCAGAACCCGGAGUCUCUCUAGCUCCUCCCACUAGCACAGCAGCCGCCACCUCCCCUGGCGCCACCAAUAUGGAUCUGUUGGGAGAUGCCUUUGCAACACCUGCUCCUGCCACUGAGGCCUCUGCAGCAGCAGCUGAAGGUGGGGCUGCCGCCACGUCCGCCCCAGCCGCCAACGCUGGAGCUGACCCCUUCGCUCCCUCAGAUGGUAACAUCAACACAGCGUCUUCAGGUGUAGACCUUUUCGGCAUGAUGACAGUGGAGAAUAAUAACCCGGGUAGUUCACUGGAUGCCUGUUUUAGCUCUGUGGUGCCCCAGCCCUCCCCCUCCCAUUCCCCUUCACCGCUCUUCACCUCCACGUCUAGCAUCAUCACCACCACUGCAACCAUUUCAGCUCCCGUAGCCCCCAGCGGCGCCAACCCUACGACUGACCUUUUCAGCGCAGAUGUGUUCAGCUCCCCUGCCCCCAUCCUUUCCUCCGCACCCCCGUCCAAAACUGAUACGGCAGCCAUCAUGAAUCUGUUUGGUGAGUCCACAGGAGGAGAUGCCACAGCUGCUGCUGCUCCUGCUGCCCCCGGCGCUGAGCUCAUGUCAGUAUUUGAUGGAUUAGGGGAUGUAAUGAAGCCCACUGUGACCCCUCAGGCGGGUGAUGUUGACACCUCUAUGGCUAACAUGGCAAGUAAUCUCACAAUGGGAACCGCAGCGGCUCCUCAGGUAGCUCCCCCCAGUUGGGGUGCUCCCAUGCCCGGAGCGCCGGGUGUUGGAGCUCCCAUGAUGCCCAUGGUGAGGCCAGGCUUCCCUGCCACGGGAGCGACCCCCGGAGCACCGAUGUCUCCUGGAGUGGCCCAGAGCCCCAGAAAGCCUCCACCACCCAGGAACGCUCUGGAUGACCUGAAUAUUAAGGACUUCAUGUAGACUGACUGACCCGUAAACUCCCAAGGUUUGUCAUUGUGUCUGGAGCUCCGUGGAUAUGGAUGUCUGCACUUCCCCACUGCCUCCCCUCAGUCAUGCCCUCGCCCUUCAGCCAACCUACCGUCACAUCUAUGAUCUUUGCCCUCUGACCUCCUACCAGCCGCGACCCCUAAAAAAAAAAACCCUUACCCUCCCUAUCUAAUGUUGUAGCACAACUGUGAAUGUGAACCCUAGAUACAGAAAACAAAACUCUGUUUAUGUGUGUGUGGGUGUGCGUGUAAUUCAGUGUUAACCUUUACUUAAUAUACUACUGAAAAAUGAACAAAAAAAUAAUAAUAAAUGUGUAUUUAGAUUCAUUCUGGAUUUCUGCGUAUCAGCUGACUUGGAAUGGUGGAUAUAUGUUGGUUUCUUUGCGCAUCUCCCAGAAGAGGACUGUGUUGUUAAAUGUGGACUGUGUUCGGUGUGUGUAACUUCACUGGCCAACCCCCCCACUCCCGCUCCUUCACCCCUGUUGUCCAAACUAAUACUGAGCUAUGUUUAUGUCAGUAAAGACUUGGUUGUUCCUAUAUCUGCUUGGCCGUCCAUCCUCCCACCUGUCUACUUCCAAGUUUUUGGAGAACGAUUCUCAAUCAAAAUGUACCUGAAAAGUACUUGCACUGCAAAUCUGGACUUAUCAUCGAACACACCAAACAGUGUUCAGUUUUGUUUUUACUUUAUCUUUUUGUAGGGAUUGUAUGAACAUGCAAAAAUUUGUGAACCGUGUUCAAAUUGAC